CUUCCACUUCACAUCAAAAACCUCGGACGAUGUUCCUUCCUCCAUUUCAGAAAUCAAUAAUCGCAUUCUUUCGUACGGUCACUGUUGUUCCAGCUUCUUCCUCUUAGUUCAUGUGAUUCAACCCUCAUCGCCGUCAUUUUCACCGAAUCACAAAAUAUUCCUUUUCCUUCAUCACGAUAACUCUACUCCACGUCAAUCUCGUCGUCUUUCAUCAGCCUCUCUCUAUCUUUGUUUGAUACAACUUCAUCUGUCGCCUGCAGUCAUGCAACUUGACGAUGCGUCGAACCUGAUCACGUAUUGCCAGACUUCUUCACGGUUUCUUCACACUGUCGUUCUGCAAGUUGAGAAUUAAUCAUUUUCCCCCUUCUCCUCUUCUUCCGCCCUUUUACCCCGGUCUUCCUUCUCGACCUCACCUCUACGUUACAUCGUGAUUACUUGGCCCUUCGUUGACGAGACUUACCGUAUGACUCGAUUUGACAUCGCCUGCCGCUGGCUUUAGCCAUCUCACUUGAUGCGUCAACCUCUUCCUUCAUCACACUUUCUCCUCACUUCAACUUGAUUGAACGGAACCUAGAUUUCGUGUUUGACACGCAUCAACCAAUGCGACAACAAGCUGACCAGACUGGGUGGGAAUAUAUUUUUAUGAUCACAACUCGUUAGCCAUCUCGCCACACUUCACCCUACCUCCUUAUUUCCAGUCCACCUCGAGCACUCACCCAAAGAUGUCUGUCAUCUCAUUGCAUAACGCUCCGUUGGAAAUUCUCCUCAUCAUCUUGGAUAACGUUGAUCCCAUCUCAUUGAUCAACUUGGCCCAAACCUGCCAGACUCUGCGAGCCACCAUCAGGCCGACACGCAUCAACUUCCUCCAGCGCCUGCUCGCCCUUGAGUUGAUUCCCGAGUAUGGCGGCAUCGUGCCGCUCCUCAGAGGCAGAGAUUCCCACAUCUCUCCUCGCAUGGGCUCCAAGGACUGGGAGUCCAACAAGUACGCUUGUGGAGGCUGCCUCAAGCUCCUGCCACAUACGAGGUUCGAUAACCACAACAUCCUGCGGCUCGACCUUCGCAAGCCCCCUCCCGGCAGCAGAGAGGCCAAUCGCCUGGCCGAAUGGUGGUUUAUCGACAGAUGGGAUGACGGCGUGAGAGCCAGGAUCUUCCAGCACCGAAUCCAUAUCCGGGCUCGAGAUGAGUCACUUGCCGAUGUUCGGAUGCGGUAUCAUGAGGCCACCCACCCAUGGGAAGGCAUGCGGCAGGCUGGGGGAAUCAACCAGUUCCUCUGGGCCGGAAACGUGGAGGCCGAAAUUCUUGCUACUAACGACCAGAUUGCCUCUAACCAUGAGCUCCUAAUUUGCGGCCUCCGUCGACACAACCGUCGUUGCAUUGAAUGUAUCUUUGUCCGGGGCGACUGGCAUCGCAACAAAAACGCGAUGCUCAACGGAGGGCGGCCCAUCCUCCCUUCACCAGUGGUCGCUGGGCGCAAGUUGGAUUUCUACAACUUUUUUGACAGGUGUUUCCCCAACCUGUUUCACCCUGUCCCUCGCGCCAAAAUAGGCCGCCGCUUCUUAUAUUACGGUGCCCAUGAUCCCAAGACGUACCAUUUGGUAAUGCGCAUCCUUCGCUGCGGCGGUUGCGCCAAAUGGCGAGAGGCGUCACAGUUUCGUUUGCCUGUUAGAGCGUACGAAGAGGUGCAUUUCUUGACGGAUGCGAUGAGCAAAUAUUGUGUGCAAGAUGCUGAAUUGGGAGAGCUGAGGGAGCCCAGGUGUAACCGGUGCUUUUUGAGGGAACACGGCAUGGCAGCGUUCAGACGGCAUCUGGUAGCCUUUGCAAGGUCGUUAAUGGUUGAUGCGCUCGAAAGGACUCGAUAUCAAGUUCUCUUCGGGUGGGACAAGCUCUGCGACGACUUCCGUCUUCCCUUUGGCGACUUUGCCAACUACUGGGUCGAGUACGGCAAGUCUAUUGUCUCUGACUUUCCCAUUCAAGGAGAGGACCUCUUGGCUGAACCCUUCCUCACUACACACCAGCUCGAUGAGCUCUCGCGACGUUUCACCUGCUUCACGAGUUUUGUCGAGCGCAUGUACCAAGGCUUACGACCCGUGCGCCCAGCUAUCUCGGACAUUCGCUCCAACGAAGAAAUCAUGGCCUCUACGAUGGACUCGUGGUUCCGUGUUUGGUACGAUGAUUAUCAUCUCUACGAAAAGACGUAUCGGAGGCUGCAGGAUCAGUUGAAGUGGAUUGAGCAGCAUGAGCUGGAGGUGGUAUCAUAUGCGUUGGAGGCUGAUCCGUGGGGGCCCAAGAGUUGGGACCUUGGAUGGGAGGUGGAGGAGGAGAGAUGAUUACAUAGAGUGAUGAGGAUCUGUGUAUUGGUAUCUGGUGGUAUGGUCAACACUUGAAUUGGCCUGUACGUUCUCCCAUGGUGCUGUUGCCCUGUCGCUGUCAUCUUUUCAGACAUUUCGCUAGCUUCUACCACCUGCUGCCACUUCGAUCAUCGGAAGUCCCAAGAUCAGGACAACGUGCUUCUAAGGAAAGCCGUCAUGAUGGAGUAUGUACGAGUGCCUCUACUUGACUGUGAGGGCGCUGGUCACUGCUGUUAGGGUAUUAGGUACCUCUACGUAAUCUGUACCAUCAUCAUUUCAGCUCAUCUCGUCGUGAUUUCACCGUCUUAUCCUGUCAUGAAAGCAGACAUGG